AUGGCUUCCCUCACCCAUAUCGCCGCCGUCUUCUCUGAUUACAAGUACGACAAGGAUGUUGGUUUCGAAAGCAGUGACGGUGAACCCUGCAUUGGCUGCAUUACGGAGAUCGAUCGUGAUAUCUCCUGCGCAUGUGUCACCACGAAUGAUCCUUCUCGUUGCGUUGUCUGCGAGUACUAUGACAUUAGAUGUGGCUCGAUCCCUUCAGAGCUUCUUGGCGCCGCCCAAAUGUACUGGAACUUUGUGGCUCGCUUGCAAGGUCAGGAACUUUUCCUCAACAGACGCCAAAUAUGGCGCAUUCGUCGUGCGCUUGAGGCUUGCGGGUCAGCAUGGCGUGAGCUUGAAGAACAUCUCAUGAAUCCGAACAACCUCGCGAUGGUUACUCUCCAAGAGUCAGUCGCAAAUCGCGAGACCUUGAAUCUGUCAAUACUUCAGUCCGCCGGUGCCAACCUCUCCGUGGAUGAGGUCCACGAGCGUCUCGAUGCUAUCCAGCCACCCUAUGCUCGCCAUGGGAAUUGUGUUGUCACCCUUCGAAAUGCCCUUGCUCACCUGUCUGUCUCUGAGGACGUGGUGGUGGAUUCAGUUGAGGAAGGGCAGUGCGACUCCUUCUCUGAUGGAUCCCCCGAGAAGCUCAAAACCGCCCUGGAGGGUGCUUGUGGGAGGGCUGCUAACUGUAAAUUCACCCACGAUGGUAUGCCCUAUUCUGCUCGACAGUAA